CCACAAGAAGCCGGAGCCGAGUCGAAGCGCAACAAGCUGCUCUCAGCGUCGCAGCGGGUGCGGUUCGAGUCCCAGCUGCGGCACAUCGCGCCCGAGCGGGACGUCAUCGCCGAGAUCAUGGUCUGGUGCCUGGACCACGCCGACAGCGCCGAGGAGAUCUGCCUCUGCAUCACCGAGGCGCUCUCCACCGCCAGCAGCCGGCUCACGUCCAAGAUCUCGCGUCUGUACCUGGUCUCCGACAUUCUGCACAACUGCACGGUUAAGGUGGCCAACGCCUCCAAGUUCCGCAAAUG